AGCCAUUUUGCAGUCAUGUGACAAAUUUAUAGUGAUUUUCACGGACAUUAAUUUCUUACAACUGCGCCGGAAAAUGGCUGUUGCGGGUAUUGGUGCUGUGAAACAACUGGCACAUACAUUGAUCAGAUGCAACAGAGUGGCUACAUGUAUUGUUGUGCAGCAUCGUAACUUUCAUGUAACACCAUGUAAGCAGGAUAAGUUAUAUGACCCAGAGGAUGCAUUCGGAAGUAGGGUUUUCAAAAAGAAGGGCUGGUUAUCUUAUAAUGAUGUUGUUUAUCCACCAACAAAGGAAGGAGAAGCUCCCAGACCAGCUGAGAUCUGUCAUCAGAGAGACAGCAUUAUGAUGAGUUCAAAGAAUUUCUGGUACGCUGCUGUUCUGGUAAGAGGUCUGUCAAUUGAUGAGGCAAUCAAACAGUGUGACUUCAACAAAAAAGCUGCUUCCAAAAUUGUUAAGGAGGUACUUUUAGAAGCUCAAGAAAUGGCUGUAACUGAUUUCAAUGUAGAAUUUAAAUCCAACUUAUGGAUAGCUGAUUCAUUCGUGGAAACGUUAACCCGGGAAAAGCUUGGAAUGAGGCGUCGGGCGAGGGGUCAGCCAUCUGUAAUUACUCAGCCCGUCUCAACAUACUGCGUGAGAUUGCGGGAAGGACAACCACCUAAAGAAUACUAUGCCAAAGAUCCCCCCGGAAACGUAAAAUUAGAAGAAUAUAUUAGGGAACAGAGAAAGCGAAGGAUUAUACAUUCUUUGUGAAUGAUAUUGUUUAAUGUGUUCAGAGUUUAAUAAAAUUUUGUAUGAUU